UAUUACAAAAAAAUGGAGAACGACAAUUUUCAGAAUAUUACAAAUCCACGAGAUGGCUAUGACCUUCCAGUGUAUGGGAUUUAUAACAACACUUUUUAUGGAAUACACAUUCCCGCCUUGAUAUGUAUCGUCACGAGUUUCACGUGCGCUAUUAUCGCAAUUGUGUUGUCGUUUAUGAACAAGAGUCGCCGGACAUUCUUUACGGCCUGGUCAAAAAGCGACCGGUUUAUCGUAUAUCUAGCAGUGUGUGACGGACUCUUCAAUACUGCCCACUUCACAGACCAUAUGCAUGUUGUAAUUGUGCGGAACCAUGUUUAUCCACGACAACUGUGCGAGUUUUAUGGAUUUACUUUGGCAGAAUUCAUCACGGCGCAAAAUCUCAUGGUGAACGUGAUCGCGGUCAACGCGUUCAUGUUAAUGUAUUUCGACAGGAACAUUAACUUUGGAAAGUACGACUGGCGACUGCUAACGUGGACCUUCGGUGCACCAUUUGUUGGAGCAAGUAUUGCAGGAGCGCUUGGACAGCUUGGACCAAACGGGGCCUUUUGCCACUUCGACGCUGUUAAGGGAAAGAUUGCAGGCUUGUUUUUUACAACCGUGACAAUACUGAUUAUUCUAUUGAUGAAUUCUAUUCUUUUCGCUCUGAUUUUGCGUAAGAUACGAGCUUUGGCGCAUGCAACACGACAUUCCCACAGCAGCUUGAGCUCUUCAAUGCGAACGUCCGUUCGUGCUGCACAGUCAAUGUCACUCUUUGUUGCAGCGUUCUUCAUUCAGUGGUGGGCCAUGGCGCUGUAUGGAACAUGGAACAUCUUCACUGACGAUGUUCCUCAACCGCUUUUUCAUCUAGUAACGAUCUUUGUCAACUUGGGCGGGAUCCUAAAUUUGUGUGUGUACCUGAUCAUAAGGAGGCGAUUGAUCGGCCGGUGGUCAAGCAAAAGGUCGAACACCACCAUCAAAAGCACAAAUGCGGCAACGCCUAAAUCAACUGAGAGCAAGCGAGAGUCACGCAUAUAAUGUUUGGCUGUCUGCGCCCCAAUUUUGAAGAAGACAUCGCUGUUUAACUGAUGAAACUAAUACCGGAGUCGAUCUCUUCAAAAGUUGAAACGAAUUAUGAAUAUUAGCUGUAGUAUGCAAAUAGUUACAUAAUCAUAUAGCUUGGACUAUACUGAAUUGUAGGAAUUUCCUUAGUAAAAAGAAUACAAAGUGCUUUUGUUAUUGAACUUUCAAAGACAUCUACGACCAUUCUUCAUUCGUAUCGCAUAGUCGCACACUGUUUGUUGCAGCGGGGGUCAUUGUACUGUAUGAAAUUUGAAUCUGUGCUCCAAAGACGAACCACAGUUGCUGUUUCAUCUCAAGACGAACCACAACUGCUGUUUCAUCUCAAGAUGAACCACAACUGCUGUUUCAUCUCAAGACAAACCACAACUCCUGUUUCAUCUCAAGACGAACCACACUUGCCGUUUCAUCUUAAGACGAACCACAACUGCUGUUUCAUCUCAAGACGAACCACAUUUGCUGUUUUAUCUAACGAACCACUAUUGCUGUUUUAUCUCAAGACGAAACACUAUUGCUGUUUUAUCUCAAGACGAACCACUAUUGCUGUUUCAUCUCAAUACGAACCACAACUGCUAUUUCAUCUCAAGACGAACCACAUUUGCUGUCUCAUCUCAAGAAGAACCACAACUGCUGUUUCAUCACAAGACGAACAACAAUUGAUAUUUUAUCUCAAGACGAACCACAAUUGCUGUCUCAUCUCAAGAAGAACCACAUUUGCUGUCUCAUCUCAAGAAGAACCACAAUUGCUGUUUCAUCACAAGACGAACAACAAUUGCUAUUUUAUCUCAAGACGAAACACAAUUGCUGUCUCAUCUCAAGAAGAUCCACAACUGCUAUUUCUUCUCAAGACGAAACACUUUUGCUGUCUCAUCUCAAGACGAAACACAUUUGCUGUUUUAUCUCAAUACGAACCACUAUUGCUGUUUCAUCUCAUGACAACCACAAUUGCUGUUUUAUCUCAAAACAAACCACAAUUACUGUUUCAUCUCAAGACGAACCACUAUUGCUGUUUCAUCUCAAUACGAACCACAAUUGCUGUUUCAUCUCAAGGCGAACCACAAUUGCUAUUUCAUCUCAAGACGAACUACAACUGCUAUUUCAUCUCAAAACGAACCACAUUUGCUGUCUCAUCUUAAGACGAACCACAAUUGCUAUUUCAUCUCAAGACGAACCACAAUUGCUGUUUCAUCUCAAAAUGAACCACAAUUGCUAUUUCAUCUCAAGACGAACCACAACUGCUAUUUUAUCUCAAGACGAACCACAUUUGCUGUCUCAUCUCAAGACGAACCACAACUGCUGUUUCAUGUCAAGACUAACCUCAAUUGCUGUUUCAUCUUAAGACGAACCACAACUGCUGUUUCAUCUCAAGACAAACCACAACUGCUGUUUCAUCUCAAGACAAACCACAUUUGCUGUUUUAUCUCAAGACAAAACACUAUCGCUGUUUUAUCUCAAGACGAAUCACUAUUGCUGUUUCAACUUAAUACGAACCACAAGUGCUGUUUCAUUUCAAGACGAACCACUAUUGUUGUUUCAUCUCAAUACGAACCACAACUGCUAUUUCAUCUCAAGACGAACCACAUUUGCUGUCUCAUCUCAAGAAGAUCCACAACUGCUAUCAAUACGAACCACAACUACUGUUUCAUCUCAAGACAAACCACAUUUGCUGUUUUAUCUCAAGACGAACCACACUAUUGCUGUUUCAUCUCAAGACGAACCACAAUUGUUGUUUCAUCUCAAGACAAACCACAAUUGCUGUUUCAUCUCAAGACGAUCCACAACUGCUGUUUCAUCUCAAUACGAACCACAAUUGCUGUUUCAUCUCAAGACGAACCACUAUUGCUGUUUCAUCUCAAGACGAACCACAACUGUUGUUUCAUCUCAAGACGAACCACAACUGCUAUUUCAUCUCAAGACGAACCACAUUUGCUGUCUCAUCUCAAGACAAACCACAACUGCUGUUUCAUGUCAAGACGAACCACAACUGCUGUUUCAUGUCAAGAUGAAUCACAAUUGCUGUUUCAUCUCAAUACGAACCACAAAUGCUAUUUCAUCUCAAGACGAACCACAAUUGCUGUUUUAUCUCAAGACGAACCACAUUUGCUGUCUCAUCUCAAGACAAACCAUAACUGCUGUUUCAUGUCAAGACGAACCACAACUGCUGUUUCAUGUCAAGACGAACCACAACUGCUGUUUCAUGUCAAGACGAACCACAACUGCUGUUUCAUCUCAAUACGAACCACAACUGCUAUUUCAUCUCAAGACGAACCACAAUUGCUGUUUUAUCUCAAGACGAACCACAACUGGACCAACACAUAUUUGAAAAUGUCCAAGAAAACACACAUUGAAAGAUGAAAUUCAUUUGAGAGCUAUCGUGAUUCAAACAUAUAAAGCUUGAUUUUCCUUAAUUGCGACUACAUGCACGAGUAGUAUUUAACAUAAACAUUAUGCAACUAUUCGAUCAUAUAUUAGAUGCAGCUUGUAAAAUAAUUAUUACAUAAACUAAUGUGGCGCUGACGCUAUCUUAAAUAAUGAUAUAAUAAUAAUAAAAAGAAUUACCCAUCAUUGGACUGUGAAACAUUACAUUAAUUAUAUAUCAAUAUAAUAAAUAAAUAUAAUUAUGUCUCGCUAUUUAUAGAUUCAAACUGAGCGAUAGGCUCGAGUGACCAUGCAAAUCAAAUUACUACUAUCAAGUCUUAUCUUAUAAAUUUUACCUAGCAUUCCACAAGUUCAUUUAAUUUUGUUCAUGCAUUUUGCGCAAAAUAAGGUUUUACACGAUAAAGUCUUAUUAUCGUUUUAACAUGGACUUUUUCUAAAGGGACUACAUGUAUUACAAGAGGCAAAAGGAUAUAUAAUGAGACAGAUUAUAUCACAUUUUUUGUUACACUUGUCCUUUCAAGUUUAGAUAAUGUAAUUGCAAAUGUAUUAUUGCUGUAUGUGUUUGGUUUAGUUAAAACUUACUAUUUAUUUUAGAACGCUUGUGAAUAAAGAUAUUGCAACAUUAUAGUAAUGACUUUCGGUGGCGCGAUUUUACGCUAAAGGUGGUCUUGUGUUGUGGGGGAAACAGGAAAACCCAUUUGUCAGGCCUGGUGUACGACAAACAAAACUCACAUACCCCCAGACCGGGUAUCGAGUCCGAGUCGCCUCGGUGAGAAGCGAGUGUAUAUAGUGUGUCACAUUAAGAGAUUUGUGCUGAUAACCAAUAAACUCAAACAUAGGCCCAUAAACACAUGUAUGAUGAUUAUUACCUAGUUCAUCUAAAUAGUCACUUGUACAUAUUAUUUGUUAUAACACGGUGUAUAAUC